UUGGAGCUUCAAUUCCACCUGAAUUCAUUCCACGGCCCUUGAAGCUCUUAUCGCCGCUUCCCCAGAUCUUUUAUGUAGGUUCGGUGCUGGGUGUCCCCCUGGUACAAAAUCAAACCUCACAAUGGCAUUCCUUGCUCGUUCGACUCUCCGUCUCCGCGCCACUUCUCGCUUCCCUGUCGCAGCCCGCACGCUCACCACCUCCCCGCACCUCCGAGCAGCUGCGAAGCCUUACUUCGCCGAUGAGCCCAGUGCUCCCAAGGUGGUCACCGCAAUUCCGGGACCCAAGAACAAGGCCGCCACCGCUGAACUGGACAAAGUCUUUGAUGUCCGCAGCUUGAACAUGCUGACUGAUUAUACCAAGUCUAUCGGUAACUAUUGUGUAAUAUCUAGCUAUGCUCAGAUUGCCUCCAUUCCGGUCGCUUCCUCUCCCGAGAUGGUUACUGCUUUGAUCAACCGUCCAGCUCUGGGCAACUUCCCCUCGGCUGAUUGGGCUCACGUCCUUAACACUGGUAUCCUCAAGGUCGCUCCCAAGGGUCUUGACCAGGUGUUCACCGCCAUGGCCGGCUCCGAUGCCAACGAGACUGCCUACAAGGCCGCGUUCAUGUACUACCGUCAGCAGCAGCGUGGAGGACCCCAGGCUGAGUUCACUGCGGAAGAGAUCGAGACCACCAUGAACAACCAUCUGUCCACCACCCGCAGCAAGGCCAUCCACAAGAUGGACAUCCCCGCCUUUGACUGGCCUCAGGCCCCCUUCCCCUCCCUCAAAUACCCUCUGGAGGAGCAUGCGCAGGAGAACGCUCAGGAGGAACAGCGCUGCCUGCAGGAGGUUGAGCGCCUCAUCAAAGAGUUCCACAACCCUGUCGCUGCUGUUGUUGUCGAGCCCAUCCAGUCCGAGGGCGGUGACAACCACGCCUCCCCUGCCUUCUUCCAGGGUCUGCGCGACAUCACCAAGCGCAACAACGUGCUCUUCAUCGUCGACGAGGUGCAGACCGGUGUCGGUGCUACCGGCAAGUUCUGGGCCCACGAUCACUGGAACCUCCAGACUCCUCCCGACAUUGUGACCUUCUCUAAGAAGGCUCAGACUGCGGGCUACUACUACGGCAACCCCGCCCUGCGCCCCAACAAGCCCUACCGCCAGUUCAACACCUGGAUGGGUGACCCGGCCCGUGCCCUCAUCUUCCGCGGCAUCAUCGAGGAAAUCGAGCGUUUGAAGCUCGUUGAAAACACCGCCGCCACCGGAGACUACCUCUUCGCUGGUCUGGAGCGCCUGGCCAAGCAAUACCCUGAGCAUCUGCAAAACCUUCGCGGUAAGGGCCAGGGUACCUUCAUCGCCUGGGACACCCCCAAGCGCGACGAGUUCCUCGCCAAGGCCAAGGGCGUUGGUGUCAACAUCGGUGGCAGUGGCAUGAGCGCUGUUCGCCUGCGACCCAUGCUGAUCUUCCAGAAGCAUCACGCUGAUAUCCUCCUGGAGAGUGUUGAGAAGAUCAUCAAGCAGCUGUAAGCUUCUAGCUCAACGGGCAAUUCAAUUCCCUUUUUUUUU